CCGCAAAUUACACUCUUCAGCCCACCGACACACACGCAUACAACCCCCCGGGGCAACCUCAACACUUAUUAAGCACGCAGCAAUUUUAAAACGGAAUUUUAAUCAUCACAUCUCAACAUGCUUCCUUUCAAGAGAACUUUUGAGAGCGAAAAGCAGCAACUGCAUGCGCUGAACAGCAGACUUGCCCAGUAUCUGUCCAGGACCAAGCAGCUGGAGCAAGAAAACGCCAAUCUCAUCGCUGAGAUCAACAAGCUGAGGCGCGGCGGCGGGACGGCGGAAUGGGAGCAGAGGUACAAAGCGGAGAUGAAGGAGCUCAGGAGAAUGGUGGGACAGAUCUCCUUGGAGAAGUCCCAGGCGGAGAUGGAGAGGGAGAAGCUAUGGCGAGAGUUGCAGACGCUCCGGUCCAUGUGCAGCGAGCAGACCGAGGCGUGCAGGGACAUCAGCGGUGAACUGAAAGGCUGCGAGCAGGAGCUGCAGCAGGCGCACCACAUAAACAGCGAGCUACAGCAGCGGCUCCUGCAGCUGGAGAGCGAGUACAAGCGCUUAGAGGACGCGCACAGGCACGGGACGGCCCAGCUCCGGCAUCAGGUGGAGUCCCGGGUGGUGCCCAUCAUCGCGCAAACUUAUCCCGGGCCCCCGGUGGUGUCCGUGGAGGAGGUGCAGGAGUACGCCCGCGGGCUGUCCGAAGGGUGGAUAGAGACCUUUGAGAUGUACCAGAGGAAGGUGGAGGGGAUGGAGCAGUCGAUCAAAGCGGACCAGGCGAGGAUGUGCGACCUGCAGAGGGAGAAGAUGCUCUACGCAUCCGAGCUGGGCAAGCUGCGCACGGAGGCGGAAAAACACGGCCAGGUUCAGCUGCGCCUCGAAGAGCAGCUCGUGCACAUGCAGGAGAAAUUUCGAGAGGAUUUAAGUGAACAUCAGAUGAUCAUUGAGCAGUUGGAGCAGGAGAGGAACAUGCUGGCUGAGGCUAUGGAAGAGAAGAUGAGGGAACAUCAGCACCUUCUCCAAGUGAAGAUGGACCUGGGCAUGGAGGUGGCAGCGUACAGGGCUCUCCUGGAAAGUGAAAGAGUUGGUCUGCAAGAUGCUCACAGGAGGAUGACUCAACAUCAGAGAGAGAGAAUAAUAGAUAUCAAGGUGCCUGCCCAAACUUACGCUCCAAGAGCUUCAACCUUAACCUCGAGAAGACACAUAGAUACGCGGUAUACACCACCGACAAACCUGAGAAGACCACCCGUGCCCUCCUCUGGAUCCAUAAGUCCCUCCAGGGCCAUUCCCAUUUCAGUUGCAGGAAGGGCUCGCCAUCAGAGUCCAGCAUCCAGAAGGGAUAUGAUCUCAUUCAACAAAGCUCGGGCUGCCACUUCUGUGCCUGCCACCAGCACCAAAAUAGGAGCGUAUGAAAACAGAAUGAGUGAAUCCGUACAGAAGACAGCAGCAGAGACAACAGCCAUGAGAUUCAAACAGGUCCCUUAUGAAAGUAAAGCCAGUUUCACACAGGCGACAGAGUCGGUAAGAGUGGUGUCGCCACUAGAAAAAAGUCCCACCACCAAAGCUGUCACAGAAAGCAAACGGCACGUGUCAGAUGAGAGAGAGAAGGGUCAUGUUCAAGACGAGUCCAGAGACAAAGAGAAGGCCGAGCCUACAAUUGGCUUCACGGAAAAAAAGAUACUGGACUCCGUAUCUGUUGAAGAGAUUAUUGAGAAAGUGAUCAAACCCGCAGGUCUUGAAGCUAAAGUCUGUUCAUCAGGAGACUCUAAGAUCAGGUAUCAUGUGGAGAAACUUGAGCAGGAAGAUGGCACCACUAAAACGCAGAUUGUGCUGGAGUCCAAAGUCGAAGAGGAGAUGGAUGUUUCGGGAGAGUCUGCCCUGGAGGAACUCCUGAGCCAGGGUGUGAAGAAGGUAUCUCUGGAGGACAUAGAGGACACAGCAACAGGAAACAUGAUUAAAAACCUUCUGAGUAGCCUUCAAGGGGGAGAAAGUAUGGAAAACAAAUCCGUCAAUGUGGAAAUUAUCGAGGAACCUGUUGAGUCUUUCGAUGAUGAGGAACUCGAGGUUGAAAUAAAGAGCAAAUCCAGCUUUUAUGAGCCCUCAACAUAUUUCCAAAUUGAGGAAAUGGAAAAUAAAACUCACAACGCUGAGGAAGAAAAGGCCACAGAUGAUCGUAUGAUAUCCCCUGAAAGAGACCCGGACCAACCCAGUCAUGGAUCUGUGCACGUUCAGGAGCUCUCUAGAGAAAGCGAAUCCCCUCGUUUCUCCCGUGAGCAAGAGUUUCAUGAGUACUUUGUGUCUACACCAGAUGAAAACCUUUCUGAACCUGAGGAGGGUGGAGGAAUAAUGUCAUAUGGCCAUUAUGGCGCUGUGGAUGAUCUGUCGGAUGAGAGGUAUUAUCAAGAGGAAAGUCUCCCCCAGAGAAGAGUAACCGUAGAGGAAAGUGAUGAAUACAGGUGCAAGUCAAGCGAUCGCUCGUUUGCCAAGGAGAGUUUUCCAGAGUGCAUCAUUGAAGAAGAGGUCCGGGUCUCGCCAGUAGUGCAAGAAUCUGUUCUUGAGUUUCUAAGAGAGGACUCUUUGGAGCCCAAAGAGCAACUGAAGGGAGCCUUGGAGACGCUACAGAGCUCAGUCUCUGGUCCUCUGAGGGAAGAGUUGGCUUUCCUCACAAAAGUGAGCAGUGAAAGGCCACAAAACGUGGCAAUCAAAAAAGUUGAGCAGUCAAGUGAUAACGGAACCAUGACAAUAGUUGCUGAGCUAAACGUCUCACAAACCCUUGAAGACUCUGGGCUGCUGGAGGAAGGAGAUGAUAUUUCCGAAGAGCAGAUAAUGAAAGCUCUCCGAUCUUCCAACCUGGAGCUUGAAAAGGCCUUCGAAGGAGGAGCAGGAUCAGGGUUCAGCAUCAGGGUUUCCAAAGAAGAGGAGGUUGCAUACGAUGAGGGUUUUGAAGGCUUUGGCAGCAUAGGGGAAUCUGCGUCUGAAAUCACCGAGAAACACGUCAAAUUGGAGCCAUCAGAAAAGUCCUUCACCUUCAAGAUGGAGGUUCAGGGUGACCAUAGUGAGGAGAGUUUAGAGCAAAAGCUGCAGUCCCAACUUUCUGAAACCCCAGAGAACAUUUCUACUGAAAAAAGAAUUGCAACACUUUACCUUGAAAGCCCUUUCGAGGACUGAGGGAAACUGGUCAGAAAUUGUAUCAGAUUCAUACAGAAGCUAUUAAGCAACAUGGCAGUAAAGCUGUUAGCAGAUGCUUUGAACAAUGACAAACUAAUAAGCGCAAGAUGAAGCUUUAGUACUACCAACUGCAGUAGUUUCGAGCAACAAUUGUGUUGUUGGUCAUGAUCUUUGCAUUAACUUCAUUUUAUCUUCAUAUAGCUUUGCUUUAGCCUUUGAAUUUAUUUUGACAUGAAACUGUCGGUGGAGCUUUAACAAAAGCCCAUUCCACCGAUUAAAGUAAAUCACUAACUCCGUCAUUAUGUGCCAUUUUGUUGAGUCUUUUGAAUCAGCAUUUAGACCAGCGCAUGGCACCGGGUAGUUAUGAGGGGCUGUGCACCGUUUCAGAUUUUCUUGUGGGGUUUCUUGUGCCUUGAGCACCUUAACAAAUUGGAUUGAUGUUGGUGAAUAUUACAUUCUGAGAAGAGGUAAAAUAUCAGACAAAAUUACUGACAUAAUAACAAUGAAUUUAGACUUACAGAAUAGGACGUCAUGUCAAAAAUGUCUACUGAAUGUGCCAUGAGAAAAAACAAAUAUACUUAGAUUAUCUUAUAUUAUUCCUUUACUAAUCAAAAAUUCCUUUUGUUAUAGGAAGUAAAAUGUGUGCUGAUCAGCAAAAAUGAUCUGCGAAGAGACAAAUAAAAAAUAUGUUUUAAGCAUAGAUUCACAUGUUGUUUUGGACUGCUGUGAAUUAUUGUAUCGAAGGUAAACAUUCAGGAUUCAAACAGGUGAUAGGGGUAAACCAUGAGUGGGGCAAAACAUACACAAACCUAACUAAACCAAAUGAAGCAAAACCCCAUAUUCCCCCAUAGCACUGAUGUGGUAUGGCCCAAAUCAGCUCAGCCCCUUGGCCACCUGCUGGUUCCUCAGCCAAAGGACUAGAGCAACUAAAACACCCAAACAGAGUAUAAGUUAAACAGAGUCAUAAACAAAACAGGGUAAACCAAAAUGUACACACUAACUUUGAAAUACAGUGCAAUGGUGAUAAAGAAAUUCCAACUAAUGUAAUGGCUCUGUAAAUAAAACCCUAUGUGACAAACAAACUAACUUACAUAAAUGGUAUUUGUUACCACAUCUGUGUGGCUGUAAAUGCAGCCAUCACAAUGACUUUAUAGAAGUUUGAUUUACACAUGAUUAAAAAAUGUCACAAUUAAAAGAGAAAGAAUAGAAAAAUAAUAAUCAAAAGCUGCACCAGUGGUGAGAAUAUUGUUGUGAGGCAUGUUGUGUAUGACACCUUCUGUUUGCGUAUAAUUGUUGGGUAUCAAAGUGUUGGCACGCUGGAUUCAACUUUGCCCUGACCUAAGAGUGUCCAGGACUAUUUUCGGAUCAUCGGCUUAGUGACAGUGAGUGUUCGCCAGAGUUUGUUGUCUUGUGUGUUGUUUGUUAAGGCAGAAUUAGCGUGCAGUGCAUUCGGCACAUUUUCAGCAUCUUUAAGAGUUACACUUUACAGAGCAAUGUAUUCACAAAACAGCAUUUUGCCAAUAUGCUCUAAAACACAUAAAUACAAUAUUUAGUAUAAUCGCAAUUCUUCUGUUAGAACGCUUCACAAAGAAAGGAUGUGUUGGCUUUGCCCAGAUACAUCAGAUUUCCUAAUUUUUUCUGAGAUUUCCAAUAAUUAACAUUUGUAAAGUGUCAUCUUUAUGUAAACUGGUAUCUGGAUACCAUGUGCCAACACGUUGUAUUCACCAAGGUAUUAAAAAUAUAUAAGAGCUCUAGAUUUAUAAAGAAGAUAUGAGUCAAUGUUUAAUGAAUAUGGAAUGGACAAAAUUAUAUGCCUCUUGUUUUGUUGAUUUCUGGCACAACUGCUUUGGCUGAUGUCGCUUCCAGCAUUUAAUUGAUACUUGAUGAAUAUCUUAACAACAAUUAAAAAAUAUAUAUUGUUGGAA